AUGGCAAACGAUGACAAAUCAAAAUUAAGGGCUUAUAUUAAUAAAAGGCUGGUAGAAACGGGACAACGAGAGAAAUUGAAAGAUUUACUCCGAACUCGGUUGAGUGAAUGUGGCUGGCGUGAAGACCUAAAAAUGCAUUGCCAGGGUACGUCUUUUUCUUAUCCAGAAGUUAUCAAAAAAGCAGGACUGAAAGAGGUGACUGUCCACGAUCUCGUCACAGAAAUUACCCCGCUCGGACGAAGAAUGGUUCCAGACUCUGUGAAGCAAGAGUUGCUAGAGGAAAUCCGUGAAUUUUUGGCAAAGGAGACAACUUUCUAG